UUAGUCCUCCAUACACUGGAGUACUUAUGAGGAGUGAGAACAGAUUUUUUUUUUCUGAUGUUUCGUUCAUUUAUUCAUUAACGUUCUGAUUAAUUUGUUUGUUUAUUAGUACAUUUAUAUUUUUUAUCAAUUUAAACUUAAGUCAUUUACACUUUAAAGCACAUUAGUAAAUCCACUGUAUGCAGAGCGGAAAGUGUGCCUCGCUUUCAAGCGCUUUCCGCCGCCAUGUUGCUUUUUUUGGUGCCGUUGCCAUGGUGAAUCGUAAUAUCGGAGCUCCAUUAAUCAUGCAUUGUCGUAGUUGUGCUGCAAGUGCUUAACUCAAGGUAAGUCUACCCAGAGUUGGUAGAACUAACUCAAAUCGAAACCAAAAACUCAAAGUUUCGCAUCUCGGUGUUAAACAACUCAAGAGUUCACAUUUUAACUCGGUGUUGGUUGAACCUCCUUAAUGAAAUGGGCCCCUGGAACAUGACUAUAUUGACAUUCAGAAUGAAUGAAGGGUCCACAGAGUUUGUUAGGGUCUUUGUGAAAUAAGUCUAAAUAUUUCUGCAAAUACAAUGACUUACAAAUCAGUAAAACAGACAUUAAGUCUUUGCUUUAAAUAUCAAUGACAUGACAUUUUUAUAGGAACUAUCGAUCGUGGGCGACAUUUUCCGCCCGGACAAUAAUAACAGAAGAACAAAGAUGGCGACCUCCCUGCUUAGGUUAGGUCGACUUGGGUCUCCCAAGUGUCUCCUGCGUGAAAUCUGGGGCACACAGAAGACCCCGUUUGUGGCAGCAUUGUGCACUAAAGCGGACGCCCUUCCCAAAACAGCAAAGAAGGCAAAGGCUGCAAGUAAGACCAAAGAGGUUGACGAGAGAGCCUCUCUUCUAGCCUACAAGCCUGCAGUUGCCUUCCCUUCUAAGCUGUCUGCCACUGGAUUUCUUCCCAAAGACAUAGCUUUAGGUGAGUCUGAUUCUACUGCAAAAGUUGUGAUAACUGAGACGGUGGUGGCCACAGCUGACACAACAGAACAGCAACGUCCGACAUCCCAGUCUGUGACUGAAGCUAAAGAACAUUUCACCAAGGAAACAGAAGUUGCUGAAGCUAUUUCUACUGGCAAUGUUGAGAUCACUGAAGGCCACCCUGCUGAUAAGGUCUCUGCAGCAAGUAACGGAAGUAAGGCCUCUGAUGUUAAGGCAGAAGUACAGCAAGAUCAGGAGGACACUUCUUCCUCAUCCUCAAGUGAUUCUGAGUCUGACUCUGAUUCUGAUGAUGAGAAACAAAAAACUGAAACAGUGGUCAAGUCUGAAGAGAAAGCAGCAGAGGAAGUUCUCACAAGUAAACAAGUACAUGUUGCAGAAAAUAAUGUAGAGUCUGAAUCAGUUAUUGCACCUAGUGCCUCAUUUGAAGAAUCCAAAAAAUAUGCUCAAGCUAAGGUAAAACCUGAAGGAGUGCCUACCACAAGCACAGAAGCAGUUGGCUCGGGGGAGACCCUUAUUGACCCUGUCCCUGUAAUAUCUUCCUCCAUGAUGGAAGCAAUUCCUGAAGUUACCAGUGAAUCCAUUGAUGUCUCCCCAGAUGAGAUGGUGGACAGUGUUGCAGAAGUUAAAACAGCUCCUACUGAAAAUAUUGUUGAAAAUGAAUCAGAAACCAAAGCUAAGGUUACGGAAGAAGAGGAACAACAGCGUGCUAGUGUCAAAACUUAUCCUACAGUCAUUCCAGAGGUUACUGUAGUGUGCAGCCCUCAAGAAGUAGCCAAUACAACUGUUGAAUCUAAAGUAGCUGCCGAGGCUUCUGGAGAAGAUGUUUCUGAGUCUGUUCCAGACGUUGUGGCUAAACCUGAACGUGAGGCUGCAUCAGAGAUGGUGGCUAAAGAUGUUAAUGCAACAGAAAUUGAGACGGCCUCUUCAGAAAAUCUUAAAGAUCCUGCACCUGUGGCUGCUGAUGCUGUGGCUGCUCAGUCCCUGGCUGAGACCGAAGCUGCGGAAGCACCUGAGGAACAAGCAUUGGAGAAAUCCCCGGAGCCAGAUCCUGAACCCUUUGAUAACACAACAUACAAGAACCUGCAGCACCACCACUACAACAUGUACACCUUUGUUGAUAUGGAUGUAGAGAUGGCUAAACAUCGUCUGUCCCAGCCUUCCUCAGGCAGACCCUCACCCAGGCACUAAGCCAUUCUCUUGCUAUCUUGAUUCACAAUCCUGUUUCUUGCUUGUGUUUCUUUGUUUUUUAGAUAACAUAUUGACAAAUCCUAAACUUUAUGCCAGAAUUCUUUAAUUAAAAUAUAUAAUUUAACUUCA